AGCGCACACCUUCCUCAGCGCUGGGAGAAGUUAGCUGUCUGCUGGCAGUCCGGUCCGUAGCCACGAUGGGUGUAGUACCCUGCCUCCUGUUCGCCCUCCUGCUCGGGACGCGGAUACAAGAAAACACCGGCCUGCAGUGUUACUGCGACCGCUGCAGCGCCAACUCCAGCUGCACGACGGAUGGCGUCUGCUUCAUCUCCAUCCGCAGGUCGGGCAGCCAGCCCUCCACGGAGCAGCGGCAGUGUGUGCACAACAACGAGCUGAUCCCCAGGGACCGGCCCUUCAUCUGCUCCCCGUCAGUCACGCAGGACACGGGCAUCUACCCGCUCUGCUGCAACACGGACUACUGCAACAAGGAGCCCAACCUGGACAUCCCGCCCGUCCACCCCGAGAAGACCCCCCCUCUGGGGCCCGUGGCCCUCGCGGCGGUCAUCGCCGGCCCUGUGUGCGUGCUGUGUCUGCUGCUGGUCCUGGCGUUCUAUGUUUGCCACAGCCAGAGGGGCCUGGGGGCCGGCGGCGCGGGGGCCCACCACCACCACCACCGGGUGCCCAACGAAGAGGACCCCUCGAUUGACCACCCCUUCAUCACCGUGGGAACGACGCUGAAGGAUCUCAUCUAUGACAUGACCACCUCGGGCUCUGGAUCAGGCCUGCCGCUGCUGGUCCAGAGGACCAUCGCCAGGACCAUCAUCCUCCAGGAGAGCAUCGGGAAGGGCCGCUUCGGGGAAGUGUGGCGCGGCAAGUGGCGCGGCGAGGAGGUGGCCGUGAAGAUCUUCUCCUCCCGCGAGGAGCGCUCCUGGUUCCGCGAGGCUGAGAUCUACCAGACGGUGAUGCUAAGGCACGAGAACAUCCUGGGCUUCAUCGCCGCCGACAACAAAGAUAACGGGACGUGGACUCAGCUGUGGCUGGUGUCGGACUACCACGAGCACGGCUCCCUGUUUGACUACCUGAACCGCUACACCGUGACCGUGGAGGGUAUGAUCAAGCUGUCCCUGUCCACAGCCAGCGGCCUCGCCCACCUCCACAUGGAGAUAGUGGGAACACAAGGGAAGCCGGCCAUCGCACACAGAGACCUGAAGUCAAAGAACAUUCUGGUGAAGAAGAACGGGACGUGCUGCAUCGCGGACCUCGGCCUGGCCGUCCGCCACGACUCCGCCACGGACACCAUCGACAUCGCUCCCAACCACCGAGUGGGGACCAAAAGGUACAUGGCUCCGGAGGUCCUGGACGACUCCAUAAACAUGAAACACUUUGAGUCUUUCAAGAGGGCCGACAUCUACGCCAUGGGCCUGGUGUUCUGGGAGAUCGCCAGCCGCUGCUCUAUGGGAGGCAUCCAUGAGGACUACCAGCUGCCCUACUACGACCUGGUUCAGUCCGAUCCGUCAGUGGAGGAGAUGAGGAAGGUGGUGUGCGAGCAGAAGCUUCGCCCCAACAUUCCCAACCGCUGGCAGAGCUGUGAGGCCUUGCGGGUGAUGGCGAAGAUAAUGAGGGAGUGUUGGUACGCCAACAGCGCCGCCCGACUCACCGCUCUCCGAAUCAAGAAGACCCUGUCUCAGCUCAGCCAACAGGAAGGAAUCAAGAUGUAGACACAACUACCAAACACUCACACACACACACACACACACUACUGUGGCUGGCCAUAUCGUUAGCAUUAUGAUCUUCAUUAGCAUCAUGGACUGCCCCCCCCCCCCCCCCCCCCACCCCCCAUUGAGGAGAAGUGAAGACCUCUCAUCCCCUUGUGCCCUUUGUGUCCUUCAUUGACAAACUGCUGGGACAUGCAUCUGGAAGUCAUGAGCCGUGUGUGAGUGUGUGUGUUGCACUUGGCAGUCUAAUGACAGACGCUUGUGCCUAACCUCCCUUCUCACUCAAAGUUCCUGAGAAGACCCAUCGGGACGACUGGUGUCCACCUGAAGCCCCGCCUCCACCGCGCAUGCAAAACAAACGAGCUGCGACCCUGUCUGGUGAAGAGGCUGCCCCCCCCCCACACACACACACCCCUCCCCCCGGGGCUGAGAGUAGAGACACUCUUCAGUAAGGCUGCAAGUUGGUCACUUUCAUCUUUAAAUAAUAUUAGGAGUCACGGGAAUAAGUCCUCCCAUUAGGCCCAAUCCAAAUGGAACCGGUUGUGUUCGGUGAAUCGCCGCAGUCCCUCACGGGGGGACAAAUACUUUCCAUGUGCACUGUGGCACAUUCUGCUGGGGAGGGAGCGGGCUGCAGCCCUGCUCUCGAGUCGUGUUCCAGUAGCAUCGGGAGCUGAAGCUUGGACUCCGGGACACGCCGGUGAGCACACCAGCGGGGGUCCCGGGACGUCUGAAGUUGUGAGCAGAAGCUCUCGUCUCUGCAGCAACUUGGCACCUUUCUUUCCUGUUGGUUGCUGUUCUCUGUCCCCAUUUAACUCCUUGUUUUGUGUUCAUUUUCUUUCUUUCCGGUGUCAUUCUGAACAAGGGGACCUCAUCCUUUUAUCGUUUGGCGAACAUGCUGCGACAUAUGCAAUAUACAGUAGAUAAAUGUGUCUAUUUUCUAUACUCUGCUAAACCACAAACCGCAAGAACAGCAACAGCAAUCAGCUGCCACCACGCCUUCCAAAGCCAGCUGAAACCGGAAAGUGCCAGCGCUUUAACAACCCAGACUCCUCUCAUGUCGGCUCCUGUGGCGUGCGCGCGUGUGUGUGUGUGUGUCCAGAUAGAGAGCGUGCAGCGGCUCGUACUCUGCACACCCUGAGAUUUAAGGACGGAAGGCAAGGAGGGCGCACACACACACACACACACGCAGUGCCGUCGCAGCACCCACAAGCCAGUUGACUCUCUGGUGCCAUUCUGUCAAACCCUCCGACACACACACACACACACCUGAACAUCCAACAACCUCAGCAACAACUCCUGGUCCGGCUCCUCCUCCCAGCGGGACGGACCCGGGGACCUGAGGUCCAGCACCUGCAACUGUGUUCAGUUGGAAAGGACGAUGUCACCCAGAAGCCCCUCCACGGCUUUUGGGGUUAAAAAAACAAGUGAAAAAAGGACACAAAGACUUAUGAGCAUUAAUGAUGUUGCCCUAUAAAUGUAAACUCUUUAUUUUGUUCUUCUCACACGUGAGACCUUGUCGGAUACAGGUACAUUCAUUUCAAAAUAUAGCAAAUGGAGAUUUACAAAGCCAUAGAUUUCCCAGGUCAUGUAUUUACUUUUUUUAUUGUGGCAAACUAUUUCUAUUAGAAUGUACAUUUACGCAAAACAAAAGAAAACCCCCUGGAAAAAAAAAAAAAAAAAGGAAGCAUUCUUCCAUUUCAGCUUAGUGAGCCUUAAGGGACCAACACACGAGUCAGGAUGUGCUCUUACUAUGUUUUUCUUUAUUUUCUUAUGAACAAAUUAUACACAUAUAUUUAAUUGAUUACUAUAAAAAGUUCAUUAUUCUAUCUAAAGGACAAAUGUAUGUAGCGCCUGAUUUAGCGGUUUGUUUCACUCAAGUGUUCGUCCCGUCGCCUGGGUUUCCACGCGCCCGAACCCACUCGGGGCCUCACGUGCUAACGCGUUAGCGCCCUCUUCAGGCCUAUUGGUUUCCGCUGUUUUGACUUUGGCUGAUCCACCAUAAAAAGCGAGGGAGGAGGUCCGCUCGCGAUCACCUGAUGAGCUGCAGAGUUCGUACGUAUCACAACGUGAGGGCCUGAGUGGGACGAGGGUCUCUUGGGCCCGAGUCCCCCUGUCCACAAGCAGUCAUGUGAGUGCAGAACGUGUGAGGCUUUUAAUAACAAAGACCGUGAUUGUUGAGUAAUAAGUGCACUUCUAAACGACUGCUGAGGGGGGGGGGGGGGGGUACCCGUAUUAUCUUCAUUAUGGAUUCAUGAUGUUUUGAUGUGCUGCUACUUGGUUGUCCGCCUCGCUUUACUCGCCGAGGCGAGAGCUGCCGUUGGAUGUAAACAUCCUCUGAUUGAUUGUUUGUUCUGUGCCAUGUUGCUCCGCCCCCGUUGGACACAGGCACCGCCCCCCUCGUUCUCCCAGAUCCACCGCUGCCAGUCAGCUGCUCGGGUGUUCCCCCAAACCACUGUGCCAUCGUUUGUUCUCCUUCCAUCUGGCUUGCAGACGUACGUAUAAUUUCAAAUGUAGCGGAGGGAGUCGGAGUCCAUCUUCAUAACUGUAAAUGUAAAAACAAAUGCAUGUCGUCGUACAAAACCUUUCUAGCAUUUACGUCCCUGUAACGUCCGAUGAGUUCAGGAUCAGGAAUCAGGAAACAUUUAUUACCAAAAUAUGCCAAACAUACAAGGAAUUUGUCUUGGCGGUUGGUGCGCGACAAUAGACAAGACAGCAGUGCACAAGUAAUAAAAUAAAGUAAAAUGAAAUGCUAAUGCUAUGGGUUAGUAGAAUAAGGCUAUGGGUUAGUAGAAUAAGGCUAUGGGUUAGUAGAAUAAGGCUAUGGGUUAGUAGAGUUGCUUCAGGAUUCCCGGCAUGCAGUCCAUCAAAAAUGCUCAAACCAAUUAUUUUUAUUAGUUGUGUUAAAUGGACCGACGCUUCAAACGGCACAGAACUAAAACAAAACCCUCCCACAUCAAAUUGAACUUCCUGAACUUUAUUUUGACAAAGACAAACUGGUCACUCGUGGUCGUCUUCAGGACGUGAUGCGUUGUUGAUACUCAGCGCUUUGUUACUCAACUAUGCUGAAUUCCAUGUUAAAUGUGUAAAAAGCAUCAAACCCCUCAACAAGCAUUGAUUUGUUAAAGCUGUGCGGGGGGCUCUGGUAUGUGGUUCCAUUAGCAAUUUCUUUCUCUGGGACAUCAGCAACAACAUUAGCACCUCUGGUUUGUCUCUACUAGGACAACUGUAUUUAGUCUUAAAGUCACCAGCAGCCUUGAAACCCAAACGGCAGAAACAAGAGACGCGGUUUCCUCUCUCGUGUCUGUUUCCCCUUUUGUGUCUCUCGUCAUUCCACGUCCUCUAAUUGACUUUAACAGAUGUCUCCUCGCCACACGCCCCCACCCCCCCUCCUCCUCUCGCUGCUCCGUACCGGGGUAACUGACCUCACUGCGCUUUGUUCCUCUGAACUGAACCGGUGCGUCCCACCCACCCAUCUCACAGCGGGGGGCUCGGGUACAUUCAUGGAGCGGAGAGAGCAGAAGGUUUAACAUUCCACGGGGGGGGACUCCUCCUCGCCACAACCUGCCACCCGCGUUACCCAUAAUGCAAUUUGGCCAAAGGCAGUUUGCUCUGAGGCCCAAUCCCCGACGCUGGGCGCUGAUUGGCCUGGGUAUUUAGAUUACUCUGGGGGGGCGUGGCCGCUGCGGCUCAUUCCCUGCUCAGGGCGCGAUGGAGGCUGAACUCCAUCUACGCCAGCAGCUCCACCCAGCUGUGCACGUACAGCCAAUCCAAGCACAGGUCGAAGGUCAAACUCCUGGAGCGUUUAAGCAGCCCGGAUUCCUCAGCGCCCCCCUGGUUGUGCAGCGUGGGGUGAAAGCGCCUCCCGGCUCCGUGGCUCCAAAGCAUCGUGUUUAUUUGCUUCUCCGCCGCUCACUUGGAAUGAGGAGGCGCAUUAACGGCGCCGUAGACGUAUCGUCGAAUAAAGCAUCAUUUACAUUUUGAAAAGGUCACUUAAUCCAAGAGGAAAUACCUCCUUUCAAAGACCAAUGUGUUGUACCUCACUGUGUGUAUAUAUAUUCUUGCUUUGUGUACGCCGACUUUGCUAUUUCUCUCUCUUUGUUUCUAUGAAAUGCUUAAAAAAAGAUGCGUAAGAGAAUCUGGGUUGUUUUCAUUGGUCAGUUGUUUGCUUCCCCGAGCAGUGUGCUGUUGUCCUGUUGUGUGCAGGCAAAGCGCUUUACAAAUGUCCCUUUGUCGCCGCUACAAACGCCUUGUUCAACGUGUUCUUAGUUUAAUGACAAAAAGAAGAGUCCGGAGGAGGAAGAAAAGAAGCCUCAAGCCGCUGGGCCAUCUUCACUCGAGCCUCUUGGAUUUCUGAACAUAUUCUGAUCUUUUUUUCUAGUGUGUACAGAUGAUUAUGAAUGAGAUCCACAUAGGAACUAGAGGAUUGACACGUAUGUUACUUUUAACAUAGCUGGAGUAGAAAACGGUGUGAAUAAAGAAACAAAGUUUCCCUACA